AUGGACGGCAUUUUACCAGAGGAGGCAUGCCAGAAGAUCUCUAGUUUAGGACUCCAUAAAGGCCACAGUGUCCACAACUCCCGACUGCACUCGCCUUGCGACGCAGAAACAGAAGACAGUAGGAGGACGUCGGGAGCCUCUGCUGCACUGCCUAGCACAAGGGGAAAAGGAGGGAUGAACAACUACAACGGGAAGAUUCUGACGAGGGGCUCCAACCAAGUACGGAGCCGGUUUGUAAAGAAAAAUGGACAAUGUAAUGUUCUAUUCACCAACAUGGAUGAAAAAAGGCAGCGCUACCUUGCUGACAUCUUUACCACCUGCGUGGACAUCCGCUGGAGAUACCUGCUGCUUAUAUUCUGUGCCAGCUUCCUGGUCUCGUGGCUUUUCUUUGGCAUCCUCUUUUACAGUGUCUCACUAGUACAUGGAGACUUCAAGGAGCAACCGACGGUGAAGGGGGAUGGGUUGGCGGUGGCAGGGCUGCAUGGACCCUCCACUGGACACACAUCUGGAGGGCAGACACAAAGGAUGCCCUGCAUACUUCAUGUACAUGGCUUUGUUGGGGCGCUCCUGUUCUCCAUGGAGACCCAGACCACCAUUGGUUAUGGCUGGCGCUGCGUUACUGAGGAGUGCCCUUUCACGGUGCUUACAGUGGUCGUCCAGUCCAUUGUAGGUUGCAUUAUCGAUUCUUUCAUGAUUGGCACCAUUAUGGCCAAGAUGGCACGGCCAAAGAAAAGGAACCAGACCCUCGUGUUCUCCAAAAAUGCUGUCAUCGCCCUGCGCGAUGGCAAGCUGUGCCUCAUGUGGAGGGUGGGCAACCUGCGGAAGAGCCACAUCGUGGAGGCUCAUGUCCGUGCCCAGCUCAUACGUUCAUAUGUCACCGCUGAGGGUGAGUUCAUCCCCAUGGAGCAGAUGGACCUCAAUGUGGGCUAUGAUGAGGGCACAGACAGGCUGUUUCUUGUAUCCCCGCUGGUCAUAAUCCACGAGAUAGAUAAAGAUAGCCCCUUGUAUACUUUAAGCCGAGCUGAUCUAGAGACAGAUGACUUUGAGAUUGUCGUGAUCUUGGAGGGGAUGGUGGAGGCCACGGCGAUGACCACCCAGUUUCGUAGCUCCUUCCUUGCCAGAGAGGUCUUUUGGGGUCAUAGGUUUGAGCCUGUGAUCUACGAGGACCGGGACCGCUACAAGGUAGACUACGCUCGCUUUCAUAAGACCUAUGCGGUGCCGUCGACGCCCCACCUCAGCGCCAAAGAGCUCGACGAGGCUGUGAGUCGGGCCUCUUCUGCAUCUUCUCCCGUCUCUGCAUGUAGAACCACCCAAGACUUGAUUCCCAGGUCACUAAGCGCCUUUUGUUACGAGAAUGAAGUGGAAUUGAGCUGUGGGGAGGACGAGGAUGACAUCUUCAACGACCAGAUCGUAGGGAAGGAGAGGGCAGAGGAGAGGAGGACUUCAGUUUCAGUAGACUUCCAAAAUAUGUUCCAGGACACUGCGACCAUGACAUCGGGCAGUCACAGCGUCAUGUGCGUUCUGGACAUGGACAAUAACCAGAUGGAGUUUGACAUCCUACAGACUGCCAUCCCUCUUGAUCCAGUGACCUAUAAGAGUGAGCAAGAGACCUAAAGAUUGUCAUAAAUCCCUCUUUUUUUCACUCACAUAUCCUUUCAACUUUAUCUACAAUUGGACCUGAUGAGGGAUCGUUUGUGGAUGUGUUCAACUUUAGAUUGCAUGUUCAGAAAUUUUAACCCCUUUUGCCUUGCCAGUGUUGUUUCACAU